AUGGCCCAGAUCUCCAUGGGCUCGAUUGCCGCAGACGCUGAAGACAACUAUGCCCUCGACAAUGACAUCCAAAGCGAAUCAGGGUUGGAAGAGCUUGACAGCGAUUCCUCCUGGGGCUCCGAUGUACAGAACUAUGACUGGGACUCUGACUGGUUAGACGAGGACGCUAGACCUGCGAAGAGGACAGCUGCCAAUCGUGAUGAGAUCGCCGAUUUCAUUGACUUGACUGACGAGCCAUUCCUUCCAGCACCAGGUGCUAUGUCAACUCCAACAACAGCUGCGCCUGUCACACUCAUGGCGGCCGCUCCCUGUCAAUACCCCAAUGAUACUGCCGCAUUGUCGGUCCAGAUUAUGGAGCUUUUUCCAGAUAUCUGCCACGAGUAUCUGAAAGGUCUUCUAUCUCGCUAUCCGGGCAACAUGUCUCACGCUGAAGCGAAUGUGACCUCUGAAAAAUUGGUGGCCACCAAGGAGAUGGUGGUCGAGGAAAUCCUGGCCAACCCAUCAUAUCCCAAGCGCAAACAGCUGAAGAGGAAGAGAGAAGAGGCCAAAGGCGAUGACAAAGUUAAGAAGUGGACAUCUAUAAAUCACGACGGGGAGUUUUGGUAUCAAGAAGCCGCGACAUACUUACUCGGAGACAUGUUCCCCUUUGUACCAGAUUAUUACAUCCGCCAGAUGCUCAGGGAGAAGAAGAAUCUGUUUUCAGCUUGCCAAGCUCUGUCAACUGCAGAAAAUGCGCCUCCACCUACUCGGCGACCUUACGAGAAAUUGAAACGGGCAAGAGUUCGCAGACACAGGGAUAUACGCUUGGACAUAUACAAUCAUCCGGCCUAUGGAGAGUUGCAGAUGGAAGUGAAAGAUGCCAAGCUAAAGCUUGCCAAGGAUGCCGAGCUCAUUCACGAUCAAAAAAGGCAAGAAGAAGCCGAGAGAAGGAACCAAGAGCAGCACGCCCGAGCAGGAACUCUAGUAGAAUGCCAAUGCUGCUAUUCUGAUGUCCCUCCAAACCGAGCCAUAACAUGCGAAGGAGAGAAUGUUCAUUUCUUCUGCUUCUCCUGCAUCCGCAAGUCUGCAGAAACACAGAUUGGCCUCAUGAAGUACCAGCUUCAAUGCUUUGACACUAGCGGUUGUAAGGCUGGCUUUCCCCGCUCCGAGAUAAAGGAGGUGCUUGGAUCUUCGAUGAUGGCAAAAUUGGAUGCUCUCCAACAGCAAGACGAGAUCUCUCGUGCCAGCAUUGAAGGGCUGGAAAGCUGUCCAUUCUGCGAAUUCAAGGCCAUCUGCCCUCCAGUUGAAGAAGAUCGAGAGUUCCGUUGCUGCAACCCUUCAUGUGAGGUGGUCAGCUGCCGGUUAUGCAAGGAUGUCACCCACGUACCCAAAACGUGUGAAGAAGCGAAAAAAGACAAGGGCAUCUCUGAGCGCCACCUGGUCGAAGAAGCCAUGAGUGAGGCUCUGAUUCGUAAUUGCCCUCGGUGCAAAGUCAAAAUCGUCAAGGAGUUUGGUUGUAACAAAAUGACAUGCCCGAGUUGCAGGUGCUGCAUGUGUUAUUUGUGCAAGAAAGACAUUACCCGUGAACAAUACGCGCAUUUCGGCUAUGGUCCCAACGCCUGUACCGUCGAUGAUGAUCCCAGGCGUGACCAGAAGGAGAUCGAACAAGCACAGAAGAAGACAAUCGAGGAGAUUCGGGCAGAGAACCCCGGCCUCACCCAUGAGGAACUCCAGGUGAAACUUCCGGAGGCGAAUAACACAAAUCAGAGAAGGGAUCGGUUGAGGGCUCCUUACCACUUACAUCAAGACCCGGCCUUCAAUGUUCUUAUGCAAGCUCAGCGCCAAGCUCGGCUCGCAGCAAAUCAACAGCGUGCCUUGGAGCGACCGAAUGAUCCCUUCGCGCAGGCCAUCGACGAAUUCCAGGGAUUCUUGGAUGCUAUACAGUUUCCUGCGUUUGGACAUCACGACAUGCCGAAUGCGAUUAACAACCCACCUCCGGCCGGCCAACCUCAACGUCUUGACGCUCCCGGUGAGCGUCGUGCUCCCGCAGGAGCAGGUUUGGCAGCCAACGUACCCGGUGCUGGACAACCGGCGGGAACUGGUCUGCGCAAUGAUCCUUUCCUCGUUGACGAUCCAGUGCGAAUGAAUCAGAAUCAGCCCGCUGGAUACGCUCCCUAUAAUCAAUACUUUCCAGCUCCGAUGCUUGCACCUGCCCAGCAAGGCAUCAUGCCUCCUGCUCCGCAUCACCUGAACGCGGAUCCGUACGGCAACCAAUACAUUGGACAGCAGCCACUACCUGCUUAUAGAAACGACUUCUAUCCUUUUUUCUGA